AGGACACCUCUACCCAGUGUGUGUUAGCAGUGUCAUUCCUCCUGUGUGCCCUGUGUAUAGUCGUGCAUCGCAAUGGCGCCCAAGAAGAAGGAAGAGCCCAAAGAAGCACCCAAACCCAAGGCCCCAGAGCCUGAGCCAGUCAAGAUCCCGGAGUUUAACCCCACAGAAGUCGUGCUUGAAUUCACUCCUGAGCAGAUUGAGGAUUUCAAGGAUGCUUUCCAGCUGUUUGACAGGACACCACUCAAUGAGAUGAAAAUCACAUACGGACAGUGUGGCGAUGUGAUCAGGGCACUGGGGCAGAACCCUACCAACGCUGAAAUCACGUACGUCCUUGGAAAGCCCAAGGCUGAGGAGAUGGCGACAAAGAUGCUGGACUUCGACAGCUUCCUGCCAAUCCACCAACACAUCUGCAAAGCCAAGGACCGCGGCACAUAUGAGGAUUUUGUUGAGGGUCUGAGGGUAUUCGACAAACUGGGCGAUGGCACAGUCAUGGGCGCUGAGCUCAGGCACGUUCUGGCUUCACUAGGUGAGAAGAUGAAGGAGGAUGAGGUUGAGCAGCUCAUGACAAACCAGGAGGAUGCCAACGGCUGUGUAAACUACGAAGAUUUUGUAAAACACGUCAUGGCAUCUUAAAAAGGCUGCCAAGACACCCGAUAGUUGAAGACGGGGGAUUGUUCAUAUGUUCAUGGAAAGUCCACACCAUGUCCCUGAUCCCAAAUGCUCAUCUCAUGUGCUCAUCCCUAUGUGCCCAAUUGGAUUACAAUUCCAUCAGGUGACGGGACCAAUUAACGUCAACUAAUUGUUCAAUGUUUUCAUUUGCUCCCCAUCUUGUUCACUCAAAUAACAAAUGUGAUUGUACUAAUCAUUUGUGGAUCAAAACGUGUAAUUAAACAGAAUGAUUCAUUAUUAUAAAUAAAAUAAAAUAAAAUAAAAUGUUAUUUGUCACAUACACAUGGUUAGCAGAUGUUAAUGUGAGUGUAGCGAAAUGCUUGUAUUGUGCAAUACUGUACUUCCGAAUUUUACCUAUCGUAACUGUUUUUCAUUAGUCACAUUUUCCUUGCCAUGUGACGGUAUACUGUAUUGGGGUCUAAGGUCAAUGCUGCCUCAUGUAGCCUACAUCCAAUAGAGGGUGUCAUUGGUCUAACUAAUAUACUUUACCAAACAAUCAGCUCACAGUGAUACAUGAAAAGAAACUGCUAAAAAAUAAAAUACAGAAAAGGAACAGGUCCUUCAUAAUCAUA